UUCUCCAACCUCAUUUCCCAAAUCACGCUACGGUAUAACAAUUAUACCGCCCACCAGCUAGAGAGAGAGAGAGACCUAAGGCCUGACAAACCAAAAAAAAAGGGCUUUGUUACGCAUAGAAGAGGAGCGAUGGCAAUGGCUUCCACCUCUGCUGUAGUUGUCCAGGGCCUAUCCACUCCCUUCCUCUCUGGCUCGAGGAGUACUGGCCGCACUCUUUUGAAUGCUGCCAUUGGUGGCAAGUCUGCCGUCACCGGUUCAUCCCGGAGGUUGCUCGUCGUCGCCGCCGCCGCACCUAAGAAGUCAUGGAUACCUUUCGUAAAGGGUGGUGGCAACUUAAUCGACCCUGAAUGGCUCGAUGGCUCGCUGCCGGGUGACUACGGAUUCGACCCGCUGGGGUUGGGGAAGGACCCGGCGUUCCUAAAGUGGUACCGGGAGGCGGAGCUGAUCCACGGGCGGUGGGCCAUGGCCGCCGUGGUGGGCAUCUUCGUCGGCCAGGCGUGGAGCGGCGUCCCCUGGUUCGAGGCCGGCGCCGACCCGGGCGCCAUCGCCCCCUUCUCCUUCGGGUCCCUCCUCGGGACCCAGCUCCUCCUCAUGGGGUGGGUCGAGUCCAAGCGCUGGGUCGACUUCUUCAACCCGGAGUCCCAGUCCGUGGAGUGGGCCACCCCCUGGUCUCGCACCGCCGAGAACUUCGCCAACGCCACUGGCGACCAGGGAUACCCCGGCGGCAAGUUCUUCGACCCCUUGUCCCUCGCAGGCACCAUCAAGGAUGGCGUCUACGUGCCGGAUGUCGAGAAGCUCGAGAGGCUCAAGGUGGCAGAGAUCAAGCAUGCAAGGAUCGCCAUGCUAGCCAUGCUUAUCUUCUACUUUGAGGCUGCCCAGGGGAAGACCCCUCUGGGUGCCUUGGGCUUGUAAACAAACAACGUUUCCUCCUCUCUCUCUCUCUCUCUCUUCUUUCUUUAUUCUCCUCAUCUCUUUGAUCAGGCCUUGCUUGUCUUUUUCUUGGUAUCCAUCCACUCUUUGGCUGCAGAAAAAACGUAGUGGAACACUGGGAUCGAUUGGUGGUUUGGUCUGGCUCUCCCUAUGCAGAGUUGUGGUGCAGUAACGCUCACUUUCUUGUGUUCGUAUUAUUACACAAAUUUGGUUGUGAGGCAGGAACUCUUUUAUCUUUUUUGGUACAAAUUAUAUAUGUAUGUAGACCAAAGAAAAAAGAGAAAAGAUUAUGAUAGUUUUUAUAGUUGGAACAAGUAUAAGUUGUUGAGUCAUGGCAUGGGCCUUCUAUUUGGGUU